AUGGCUUCUCGCGCUCUCUUCAACACUCAAUUGACCUCUGCUGUCAAGCGUGCUGGUGCUCGUUUCCAAUCCACCGCCGCAUCCACCUCCGAGUUCGCCGCUCAACGUGAUGCCGUCAAGGCUCAUGCCGGUCCUGCUGCUGAGACCUGGAAGAAGAUCAGCAUCUUCGUCUGUAUCCCUGCUCUCCUUGCUGCUGGUGUCAAUGCCUACAACUUGGCCACCGAGCACGCUGCUCACAUGGAGCACCACCCUAAGGAAUGGGUCAAGUACCCCUACUUGAACAACCGUGCCAAGGACUUCUUCUGGGGCAAGGAAUCCCUCUUCUUCAACCCCAAGGUCAACCUUUCUGCUGAGGAGUAA